ACAAAAUUAACUCAUCAAAUAUGAAUACUAGCUAGUAAAAGACACGGAGAGAAACAGGCAAAACAAAGAAACAUAGCUGAUGAGAGCUAUAGUCUCCGGGAUGUGGAAGAGAGCAGCAUUGCGCCGAAAGCUUCAAAUUCUAAGGAGCCUUACCAAGACAAAAUCCGUCAAGAGGAGCUCCAUUAUCAUGGAUGCUCUACUCCACAUUUAUAUGCUGAAACUCAAGCUUGAAGCAGUCCAAAUAGAGUACUUGCAUCUCAUGGCUAUCAAAACAGAUUACAUAAACCUAAUCAAACAUCUUCAAGUCCCCAAGGAAGUGAAGGUAGAGAAGAUUAAGGAAGGGUUUCUUGUGAGAGUGAAGUGCGAGAAAGCGAAGGACACUCUGGUUUCGGUUUUGGAGGCAUUUGAAGAAAUGGGUCUUAAUGUUGCGCAGGCUAGAGUUUCAUGCAACAAUUAUUUUUCCAUGGAAGCCAUUGCAGCUGUAGAUGAUGGCGAAAACAAAGACCAGAUGGAUGUGAGAGUCGUAACACAAGCAAUACUAAGGGCCACCAAGAUUAAUCAAGAUGGAAAGGAGACGCGUGAAUGCAUUGUAGUUCCCCAGGUUAAUAACUCUUAAUUAGUAGUGUUGAAUCUUCUUAUCAAUGUAGUGAAGAUAUUAAUUGAUGCGUAUGUAAUAUUAAUGUAUUUGGUGUCA